AUGAUCUGUAUUGUUGCGGGAAAACAAAUCAGAGAGACUGUGACACCGAGCUUGAUAAACAGAAAGCUGCACUUAUUCCUGGAACGCCGGCGUUUGGCCCAGCGGACUCCAGUCGCAAAGGCUGGACCCCGAUCGCAGUCGAGUCUCAGCUUAUAUAAGUUUUACAUUGGCUUUGUGGGGAAGGGGCAUUUCGUGGUGUUCAUUUAUCUUCCUUAUAAUUCUGUAUGUAUUCCUGCUUACUUGUGCUUUGUAGUUAUGUUCCAUCAGACUGAAUUAAACACAACUGAAAAUGAAGGAAAUAUCCCCCACCCUCACUACUCCUGCCAGAGCCUUGGCAGUGCGUUGGGCGGUCCCACGGAUCUGUCUCUUGCUUCAACAGUGUUUGGACGGAACAGACCCAGGGACUCCUCUCUUCCAGCCUCCCACUGCCCUCCGAUCUCCUCUCUACUUGCAACCUCUGAGACCACCUUCUCGGCCACCUCCUGUUUCUGGGACCAGCGACCACCGUUUUUGCAGUUAGCUCCUUUUUGCCGACCAACCCUGAGCUCCCAGGUUCGCCAGAAUUAUUCCACCGAGGUGGAGGCAGCCGUCAACCGCCUGGUCAAUUUGCAUCUGCGGGCCUCCUACACCUCCCUCUCUCUGGGCUUCUAUUUCGACGGCGACGAUGUGGCUCUGGAAGGUGUGGGCCACUUCUUCCGCGAAUUAGCGGAGGAGAAGCACGAGGGCGCCGAGCGUCUCUUGAAGAUGCAAAACCAGCGUGGCGGCCGCGCCCUCUUCCAGGAUACCCAGAAGCCCUCUCAAGAUGAGUGGGGUAAAACCCUGGAUGCUAUGGAAGCCGCCAUGGCCUUAGAGAAGAGCCUGAACCAAGCCCUUUUGGACCUUCAUGCCCUGGGAUCCACAGACCCCCAUCUCUGUGACUUCCUGGAGAACCACUUCCUAGAUGAGGAGGUGAAACUCAUCAAGAAGAUGGGUGACCACCUGACCAACCUUCGCAGGCUGACCCAGCCCGAGUCUGGGCUGGGCGAGUAUCUCUUCGAAAGGCUCACCCUCAAGCGGCCUCUGGGGGGGCCCCCUCUCAAAGUAUCAGGGCUUCUUCUGCCAGAGCCUCCCCCUCCAGCCACUGGGCAGCUUUUUAACCACCCUGGACCACAUAAAAAUAAAGGUUUUUGCAGCAAAAAAAAAACAAGAGCCUUGUAUUUUCUCAGUCUAAAGAGUCAAUGA